CAUUUCAAAUGUAGUUUCCAAAGUGACAGCUUUGGUGAGAGCGGCUGCGCUUUACAGCUCGAAGGCUGCUUAGUGAAGUACGAUAACGUUAUGUUCUUUGGAGUGGCGGAUACGACGGCUAUGGUUAUGAGUUGCGGAAAACCGGCUGGGUAUAAGCAUAAGUCGGACGAGUUGACUCAGGCUAAGGUGUUGGUGGACGUGGUUGCAAGUAGUGGUACGUCCUACAGAGUGGAGAGGUCAGGGAAAGCGCAAGCUGUAGCGCAGUGCACAGGAGAUCUCAGUGCAACGGAUUGUCAAGACUGUUUGAUGGAAGCGAUCCAACGGCUGAAACUUCAACCGUUUUGCGGAACAAGCACUUGGGGUGACGUCUACUUAGCCAAGUGCUACGUUGGUUACUCGUCAAGUUUUUUUUUUCUAGAGUUUAAGAAAGCGAUACGGGCUAAGCACGUGGCCACCCAAAGGAACCUCUUUUAUCAGAAGACAUCAUAUGUAAUAUCUAAACUUAAAUCUCUAUUGACACGUGAUUCAUGCAUGUUAGGAGGUUUUCGGAUCAUACCGAGUAAAAUUACGCAAACCAAAGGAACUGAGAAAGCCGAAAAAAGCUGGUAG